CCAGGUCGACCUUGUAACACUAGCGUCCCUUGCCGCUUGCUGAAGCGCGCACAAGCAGAACUUUCAGGUCGGAAGUCAGCGUUUUAUCAACUUUGCUCUGGGACCGUGUCACCCACUGAGCACAUGCUCUUGAUAUGCUCUGCGACCUUUCCACGAGGUGUGAAGAAGCGAAGGAAAGGCAGAGCUGACGUGGAGGAUGCAAUGAUUGAAGUGAGUGAUGGCUGGUAUUUUGUCAAGGCCACCCUAGAUGCCGAGCUCACCGAGCAUCUGCGGCAGGGUCGCCUCCGUCUGGGCCAGCAUCUUCAUGUUUGUGGGGCACAAGCCACUUCUUUUGACGUGGAAGAUCCUUUGCAGCUUUCACCUUCUGCCAGGCUCCACCUUUCAGCCUUUGGCGUGCGCCCUGCGAAGGGUGCGGCAGGGCGACGGCUGGGCUUUCAGAAGGCUUUUAGCUUUCCGCCCAGCAAGAUCGCAGCCCUACCAGCAGGCGCACAGCAGCGUCGUUGCUUCGUGGUCCUGGCCGUUGACUCGCAGACCUUGGCUCGUCCCAGUUUGCGUCCCUGGUGGAACUCCUUGGUGAAAAUUCUGUUGGUUGGAUCGGAUUCACUUGCAACCGAGAGCAUCCAACCCUUGGAUCGUCUUCGAGUCAGCCACCUGAGGCAACAGACAGAGGAGUCGCCAAGGCAAGUGAUCAGCGGAAGGAGCAGCUCGCUGCAGCGGCAAGGCGCAGAAGAGGCCUGGCCAAAAGGCAUUCCACGGACGGAGUUCUGUCGGGAAGUCCUGGGCUCGCCCUUCGCCCGAGGCGCCCCAAUGUUUUCCAGCGAAGUGAUGCCGUACCCUGCCCACUUUCGAGGACACAUGUGCGAUCUGAUUGGUGUUCCCAUCAUGGCCAGCCUCGAAGGCUGCUUCAUUCUGUUAGCUCCACAGCAGAAGCUCUGCAGAAUUACCCUGGUGGGCGAAUCAGAGAUGCACCGUGGUCGGCUUCUUCCUGUGUGGAAGGAGUUGGCACUGAAGGCCCUGUCGGCUUCCGAGUCGGGGCAGGCACCGGAUGCGUUGGCUGUCCAGAACGUGACCUUCCUUGGCCUCGGGGAUGGGGAGGUGGUGGACUUUCUGGCUACGGCGCGGCAGCUUGAAGUCUCGGCUUCACCGCAAGAGCAGCGAAUGCAGGAAGCCAUGGAUUUUGCAUUCUUUUCACCGGCCGAAGUACAGCAAGCCCAUGCGAAAAUUGAAAACGCCGGUUGCAUGAGGAAUUGACAAAAACAGGGGGGAUCAUCCCAGUAGCCAUGAAACUGUGGAACCUUGGAG